AUGGAGUGCGCCAGCCAUCGCUUAUCAUUCGCAACAUGGCGACUUCGCACCUUUCGCCAGCUUCUUGCUACAUCUCAUCAGUCGCGCGUCGCUCGCCGCCCCAUUUCAACCUCUCCACGCCAUGAAGCUGCGGAAACCAAACCCGAUACCGAGACACAUAUUCCACCAUCACAACGACUACCUCAAUCGCCUCUAGUCACGGACAUGCGCACUGGACCCGAAAAGCAGCACAAAAGACCUCCGACCAAAGCAGACCUCGAACCGUUGUCCAAAAACCCCUGGGCCGUCGCACUUGCAUCACCACCACGCAUGUGCACCCUCACAGGCGCGAGGAUCCCACGCGACCUCUUAGGACAAUGGGGUCUACUGAAAAAUCCCACCUCAGGGCUCAAUUAUAUGCUACCUGUGGGCCUUCUUCAGGAAUCACUAGCACGCGAUUCAACACCUGUGCGGAAACCAGACCCCAAUACGUCAACAGGCGAACACGAAUCAAGCAUCACACCAGUUCGAAAUGAGAAACUAGGUCGUACGCUCUUCCUACGAAUGGUUGAUAGACUUUCCUUCCUGCGCGUUGUAGCACCGAUUUUCGCCAGAAGCGCGGGGAAGAAACCGGCUGUUGCGAAGAUGGUGCCGUAUCGGUGGAAACAUCCUCAUGGCCCGAUUAAUGCGAAAGAGGAGAAAAAUAUGGUGUGGAUGAAGGAUAUGCCGGAAUAUGUGCUUAUGCAUAUGCGGCGUGAUGUUGCGAGGAAGUUGGAGGCUGUGAGACAGAAGUGGGGGCUUGGAGGUGAGGAUGGAGUAUGGAGUGCUCUUGAUGUUCAGGAAUCCUCGGAUGCUGGAAUGGUGGAUGCGCUGGCGCGGUUGAGACCGAUUGAGAGAGCGGAAUGUGGUGCAAUGAUUAUUCUUCAACGUUCGGGGGCAGUUGAGAAUGGGAAUGUGAACGAGGUGGUGCACCCGCAGACGCAGAAAAAGAUUCCCGUGUUUGAUCUUUCGAAACUUUUGGCUGAGUCGGAUUUGGAUGCUCUUCGUCAGACCGGAGCUGCGCAUUAUCAGCAGGGGGCGCUGUUCUUCAGACCUGAGGAUCCUUCGAGUAUAAAAGCGAUGCUGUCGCUUUGGAAGCUCAAGCUUUUCCUAGAGGAAGACCCCGCUUUAGACUUGUCGAAGUAA